AGUGAGGCAAACAGAAGGAAGUUACUUGCUCAUGGUCACAUAGCUAGUAUCUAAGGCUGGAUUUGAACUCAAGUCUUCCUGGCUCUAGGCCUGAUGUUCUAUCUUCUUUGCCACUUAGCUGCUUGAGAGAUGAACUUUAUGGUCUUUUCUAGCAAAUCCCAUGAAAACAAUGUCCCCUGGGGAAUUCUCAGGAAAGGACUCUGUCUCAGCCCUAUCUUCCCUUGUGCAAGUGGCUAAAAAUGGAUAACAUGGGGAAAUGAAUAUGCAGCCAUGGAGAUCAGGGUAGAGCCUACAUCUUGGGUCAAAUUCUUGGUGGUUGCACAUCCCUCAUACUCCAUAACUCAGAGCAAGCCUUCAUCUCUGGUUAGGUAAUAUCAGUCCUAAGCUAAAUGGUUCCUCAAGCAAUACCAUCACCAUGAGUCAUACAACUGGUCCUUCCUCCAUUUGUGCAAAAUGAGACAAUUAAGACCCUGGGGGUUGCUGGAAACGAACACAGCUGUGCCUGGGAUUCAGCCAGAUGAACAUCACUGUUGGAAGUCCCCUUGACCUUCCUGACACAAACUCCAAGCAUGUGUGCCAAGACCUGAAAUGGUUGGACUAGUGGAUCCCAGAGCAGGUGCCCUAAUGCCCUAAGGAGAAGAAAUCUGAUAGAAGAUGCCCAAUGAUCUGGCUUAAGUGUGAGAAACAAUUCAGUCCUGUGACCUUGGGUACCCCAAAUCUAAGAAAGGGAACAAACUUUGCUGAGAGAAGGUGUUUAAGGAUAGUACCUAUUGGGGGGGGGGGCGGGGAUGGGAUCCUUUCUUAGAUCUCCACUGUUCUUCCACUCUGCCCGCCUUACGGAAAAGUUGAUCUUAGACCUGAGACCCAGCAUAUUUUCCCGCAUCUUAUUUUCACUGAGGCUGUUCUUUGGUUUCCUUUCCAAGAUACAGAAGGAGAACUGAGCAGGGUCCUAAAAGCCUGAGCAUCAUCAAAUCAUUUGAAAGUGAGAUUCACUGACUGUGUAACAUAGGACAAAUCACUUCAUUUCUCAAUGUUCCAGACAAGUCCUUAAGACCAUCAGUUGUAGAGCAGAUGCUGAUCUGCAUUGGUAUCUGGAGUUCUUUACUGAGAGUUCCCCAUACCAAUGAUUUCACUGGUCUGUUAAAAAACUAAAAAGAAGAAGAAAUAAAGUGAAACUCAUAUAAACUCUUCUAAGCCCCUCCUUACUUUGUAAUGUGGUAGUAAAAAAAAUACUAAACUUUCUUUCAGGAGGUGGCAGCAACAAAAUUUACAGGGGACAGCUAAUGGAAUUUUCAAUAAAAUUAGCAGCAUGUUUGAAGCAUUCCAAGACAAAGAAUUUGGAAAACCCAUGGAUCUCUUUUACUGACCCAUUGCAGCAAAUUCAGCUAUCACUGUGUAUUUCUCCUUUCUGUCUCUAUCUCCUUUUUCUUGGUUUCAGUCUAUAAAGGUGUAGGUGUGCCUUGUCUGUGGUUGGGGAAAGAGGAAUUCUAGCCAGGUGUAGGAGCCCUGUAGAAGAGGUAUCAGAGAAUAACAGGUAACAUUGUUAGAAGUUCCUCCACUGAGAUCCCAGAACUUAGCCUUGGCCUUCCUUCAGCCAACUCCAGGAAAUGGCUGAGAUUCCAGAUCUGGGAGGAAAGAAGUCAUAAACAGAAGUUUUGCCUGCCUCUGGGAGGAAAAAAUAGAUGCUGUGAAGGGGAAUAGAAGGGAGGGAGGAUAUAAGGGGUCUUGGGAGCUAUUUCACUCUCAGGCUGAGAAGACAUAAAACCUCAAACUCUAUGUACUGAAUACCAACUAUAUUGUGUGAGUGCCCUUUUAUAAAGUUGUGCCCCUCCCAAGUCAGUGGAUUUCCCUACUCAAUCAUACCUACCUCUUCUUGGUCUUUUUCUGGAAACUUGGAGUCUGGGAGUCACACAAAAGCGUAUGUACCUGUACCUCCUCUAACCCAACUCCCACCUAGCUCCACCAAACUCAUCACAUUUUGCUGCUAUAUUCCCAUCGAUUUCCCUUCUGUGGUGCCAUUGGACUAUGCUUCUGCUGCUGCCCUUCCUCCUCCUGCUUCUGAAAGGUCACCUGGAGACCAAUGGGUUUAUGGUUCAAGGACUUCAAGAAGAAUUUUCAGAAGACUAACAUUUAAAGGUUAAUGAUCACAGAAUUAUAGAAUUUUAGAGUGAGAAGGGACAUCAGUGACCAAUAAACUAUUCCCAGAAGAGUUCCCUUUACAAAAUACCUGUCAAGUGGUCAUCUAGCCUCUCCUUGAAGACCUUCAGUGAAGGGGAACCUCUUACCUCCCAAAGCAGCCCAUUCUAAUUUUGUAUAAUUCUAAUCAUUCCAAUCAAAAUCUAAUUUUUUUUUCUCGACAUCCAACCUAUUUACUUUUUUUUCCAAUUUACACCUAUUACUCUUAAUUCUGCCCUCUUGGGGUUAAGGUUAGCCUUAGAGUUAGUGGAUGGGGGUAGGGGUCGGGUGGGAGUGGGCAGGUCAAGGCAAAGACCAGAGUGUGAGGGCAGGUCUAAAAGAUCAAGGUUAGAGAAUUUGACUCCUCCUGUCUCUUUCCUUAGUACUCCCAAGGAGCUGAGUCCCUGUAACUGAGCCAGGCAGGAAGCAACGAUUUCCUCAAUGCUGCUUCCCUCUUAGGGCAGGAUUCAUGGUUACAAACAACCGGUGCCCCGCCCAGCCAUCCUCCUCCCUUUCCUUUCUCCCCCUCCCUCAAUGAGCUCAGUGCAGCUGGACAGACUGGAUGGGACAGAAGGGUCUAAUGGACCCAGGGGUCCCUUGGACCCUGUGUGGAGAGCUGAGACCAGGAAUGAACCCAGAAGGAAUGAGAGUCCCAGGGGCUGGUUUGGCCCUGUUUUUCCUGUUCCUGUUUAUCACAGAAUCUCUGGCCUUGGAUGAGCCCGUGGAGCUGCUUGCUAUGCGUGUCCAACUGGAAAAUGUGACUCUUCUCACCACUAACCAAACACCAGGCCCAGCUGUGUGGCUGAGCUGGAAAGUGAGUGGCCCUGCUGCUCCUGCACAGGUUUAUAAAGCCCUCUUCCGGGCCUGGCUACCUACAGCAAGGGAGGUAACAGGGCAGCCAGAUGGCCCAUGGACAGAGUCCUUGCUGAUGGGUAGGCAGAGUGCAGAACUUCGGGGCCUUAGCUGGGGCUAUGAUUAUGAAUUUAAAGUGAGGCCAUCCUCUGGUUCAGCUCAAGGCCCUGACAGCAAUAUUCUCAUCCUGAGGUUGCCAGAGCAAGUACCCAGUGCCCCACCACAGGCUGUUACCCUGAACCCUGGAAAUGGCAGUGUCCUGGUGAGCUGGGAACCACCUCCACCUGAGACCCACAAUGGCAUCAUCCGUGGCUACCAGGUCUGGAGCCUAGGCAAUACCUCUCUGCCCCGUGCCAACUGGAGUGUGAUUGGUGGUCGUACGCAGCUGGAGAUUGGAACUGGAAUGACUGGCUCCUACUGCAUUCAGGUGGCAGCAGUCACUGGAGCUGGGGCUGGGGAGCCUAGCAAUCCUGUCUGCCUCUUUCUGGAGAAGGCCCUGGAACGAUCUGCACGAGAUUCUGCGGGCCUGGGUCCCCAAACCCUGGAACAGAUUCAAGCUGCACUGCACCGGCCAGAGGUGAUCGCUGGUGGUGGGGCUGUGCUCUGGUUGCUGCUGCUGGGGACUGCUGUCUGUGUUCACCGCCGGCGCAAAGCCAGAGCCCACCUGGGCAUGGGUCUGUACAGAUACACCAGUGAGGAUGCCAUCCUCAAACACAGGCUGGACAGAAGUGACUCUCCCUGGCUGGCAACGACGUGGAGAUCCACCUCUGGCUCUCGGGACCUCAGCAGCAGCAGCAGCCUCAGCAGCCAGUUGGGAGGAGACACUAGGGACACAUUAGACUGCCGGCGUUCCUUGAUUUCCUGGGAUCCUCGAAGCCCUGGUGUCCCUCUUCUUCCAGAUACCAGCACCUUUUAUGGCUCCCUUAUGACUGAGAUGUCCUCAGGCCCUCUUAUCUCCCCAGGCCCUAGGGCCCCACCUAUCAGAAGGCUUCCACCUCAGCUGGCUAGGCUUUCCAAUCCCUGGCCUAGUCUGGAUAGUCUCUGUGGUGCUCCAAGGAUACCUUCUCCCCACCAAUCUUUGACACCUACAGAAGCCUGGAGAGUAGCGAAGAAGCAGGAGCUGCAUCAGGCCAAUAGUUCUCCUUUGCUCCGUACCAGUCACCCUGUAGGGCUCUGGGCCUGGGAGCUGGGUGGUGGAAAGGACUUCAGGAACCUUUCCCAAGUCCCAGGAGCUGUACCCCGGACUCUGGCUGCCUGGCGUGCCAUUGGGCCCCAGCUCCUCAAUCCCAGGAAUGAAUUGGCUUCAAGGCCUCUCCCCCCAGCACCCCCUUCUCCCAUCCGAGGGGCUCCCAUGAAGGGCCAACAGAAUCAAUCUGGAAAGAACUUCGUGGAGCCUCAGAUUUCAUCCUCCUUGCCCCUAGUGGCAGUCAUCUCUCCCAAACCCCCCAGUCCCUUGGCCUCCUCCCUCUCUGGCCCCAGCCCAACCUCCAGCCACCUGUCAAGUUCUUCGUUGUCCUCCCUGGGAGAUGAAAGGGAUAAUGUGCUGACCCCUGAGGAUGUGGCCCUCUGCUUGGAGCUUAGUGAGGAAGAAGAUGAGACCCCCAGGAACAGUGGUACCCCUGUCCGAAGGGCCCCAUCACCACCCACAAGCUAUGGCUAUAUCAGCAUCCCAUCAGCCUCUGGACUAGGGGAGAUGGAGGGCACUGCAGGUGGAACAGGGGCAGAAGGAAGCAAUCUGCUGUGUCCACCCCGACCCUGCCACACCCCUACACCCAGUGAAGGCUCUCUAGCCAAUGGUUGGGGUUCAGCCUCAGAGGACAAUGCCUUCAGUGCCCGGGCCAGCCUUGUUAGCUCCUCUGAUGGUUCCUUUCUUGCUGAUGCCAACUUUGCCCAUGCCCUGGCUGUAGCUGUGGAUAGUUUUGGUUUUGGCUUGGAGUCCAAGGAACAUGACAGUGUCUUCAGUGACUUCUCUCCACCUCCUUCCCCUCAAGAUGACCUCACCCUCACUUCUACCCUGACUCUGCCAGUGUGGGAAUGGAGUUCAAACUGGAUUGAAGAAAUGGAGAAUAAAUACAGUCACCGACUACGUAGGGGGCUACCUCCUUCCCCCCCUGAGAUGGAGAAAGGUUCAUCCCGAGGGAGGCUGAAAACUGGCCAUUCUGUGCUUAAAGCCCAUGACUCUUGAUUGGUAAACUGAAAGUUCCUGGAAAUGGAGUGGAAGCUGCUGCCUAUCUGCCUUCAAAUAUGGGGACAUGGAUUCUUGGGUUCUUGCCAGUGUUUCUCCACUUUCUGUGAGCCGGGACCCAUCCCUGUCUGGGGUUUCAACAGAGUUUGCCCCCUCCUGGGACUUUGAGGAAAUAGAAACAAAAAACUGGAGCCCCUCAGGGGCCAGGGAAGAACUAACUCUGCAUUCGCGGACAUGCUAUCUAGGCCUGGCCUCUGAAUCUACUCGUUGGCCCAGCUUUCUCUGGAGGAGGAGCAGACCCUCCCAUAUAUACCAUUGGUAGAAGACUGGUGGGUAACAGAUUUAUUGUUGUUUUGUGGAACACAAUGAAGGGUUGUUGAGAUAGAGGGAAGAAUGGAUCAUCUCAGCUCUUCACCUCAUUCCCAUAGAUCCUCACUACCCCAUUCCUGCUGGAACUACAGGUAACAUUGUUCUUUCUUCCCAGGGCCCAGGACCAUCCUCCCAGGUCAAACCAUAUUCUUUCUCCCCUUCCUUCCAUCCCCCAACCCCAGUGUAAAUAAAGAGAAACUGUUGCCUGAGUCAUUAAAAUCCUAUGCUAGUGGUAAAGGCAAGAGUUUGGAGACUUGGGUCAGGAAAUGUGGAAUGAAGAGGUGAAGAGUAAAAAACAGAAAGAUUAAGAAGGGCUUGACUUGGCUCUUAGAAAAUGGGGUAGGGGGCAGCUAGGUGGCACAGUGGAUAGAGCACCAGCCCUGGAGUCAAGAGGAGCUGA